UGAUCUUCAGUACAAUGGCUGGCGGUAAGGCUGGAAAGGACUCCAGAAAGGCCAAGACAAAGGCGGUUUCCCGCUCGCAGAGAGCCGGCUUGCAGUUCCCUGUGGGCCGUAUUCAUAGACACCUGAAAUCUAGGACAACCAGCCACUGCCGGGUGGGCGCGACCGUUGCUUUGUAUAGCGCAGCCAUCCUGGAGUACCUCACCGCAGAGGUACUAGAGUUGGCAGGAAAUGCAUCAGAAGACUUAAAGGUAACGCGUAUUACACUUCGUCACUUGCAACUUGCUAUUCGUGGGGAUCAAGAAUUGGACUCUUUGAUCAACACUACCAUUGCUGGUGGUAGUGUCAUCCCACACAUCCACAAAUCUCUGAUUGGGAAGAAAGGACAACAGAAGACAGUCUAAAGGAUGCCUGGAUUCCUUAUUAUCUCAGGACUCUAAAUAUUCUUAACAGCUGUCCAGUGUCGGUGAUUCCAGUGGACUGUAUCUCUGUGAAAAACACAAUUUUGCCUUUUUGUAAUUAUAUUUGAGCAAGUUGGAGGCUUAAUUAGCCUUCCA